CUUUGAAUUAAAACUUUUUGAAAUGAAUUUCAUCCCUCACUCAGCCUUAAAAUUUCUAUUUUAAAAAAAAGUACAAAUUACUAAGUAAAACAAAAUGUCAAGGAAACAUGGGUCUGCAAUUUUAUGGGUCAUGUUUUUGGCCUUGUUUACUAUUCAAAUAACUAAUGCUGCUAUUUACAAUGUUGGAGAUGGCAAUGGCUGGACUUUUGGUGCUAGUAACUGGCCUAAUGGCAAGAAUUUCAAAGCUGGCGAUGUGCUUGUAUUCAAAUAUCCUAAAGGUGUUCACAAUGUGGUGAUAGUGAACAAGGCUAAUUAUGGUAGUUGUAACGCUUCUGGGAAAAUACUUAGUUCUGGAAAUGAUAGAGUAACUCUUGGCAAAGGCACAUACUAUUUUAUUUGCGGCAUUCCUGGUCAUUGUAAUGGUGGCCAAAAGAUUUCAGUUACUGCUAAGUAAAAAAUCAAAUAAAUAAAUAAAUAAAUAAAUAAAUAAAUAAAUAAUAUGUUGCUUUCUUCCCAUUGUUUUUUAUUUAUCUCUUCAUUUCUAUAUUUUGAAGAAUGAAAUAACAACUUAUAAUUUAA